AUGUCGGAUAGGAACCCGCGUACCGCCGGCCCAUUGCGCUUCGGGCGCGGAAUGCGAAGACACGAGCGGCCGGCUAACGGGUCCGUUGCCGAUUCGAGCCACAUUCCUAAGCCGAGCGCUCCCACGACCCACGGCAUACCCCCUCCCCCCCCCCCCCCAGCGGAAAGCCGCGGAAUUGUGCGCGGGCGCAUGCAUGCAAAGGUGCGGGGUGAACGCACGGCGGUGCAUGCUAUGGGCAACUGUCCGCAUGCAUGGCAUGCGACCGUCAUAUGCAUAGCUGUCGCGAGACUCCUAUACGUAAUUGCGAGUGUCGAAUUCGCGAUUAGCAGCGAUGGUUACUUGGAAGGUAAAACGAAGGCUGCCGGCAUAUGGGGUAUUGGAAUGUCGCAUUUCGAGCAGACGUUAGAAAUUUUUAAUGCAUGUUCGAAAGAAUUUAUCAUAAUCGUAAUCGAGCGAGCAACAAUAGUGUUUAAAAACAUGCUC